AUGCGCCGCUCCGGGCUGAUCUGGCUGGCAUGUCUCGCCUGGCAUGCCCUCGUGGCCGGGGCAGCCACGGUGACCUACGACUUCGAGGUAGGCUGGCUCACGGCCAACCCUGACGGCGCGGCCGACCGCCCGGUCAUCGGCAUCAACGGCCAGUGGCCGAUUCCGACCAUCCACGUCAACAAGGGCGACCGGCUGGUGGUCAAUGUCCUCAACUCGCUCGGCAACCAGUCCACCUCGCUGCACUUUCACGGCCUGUUCAUGCGCGGUGCCACCCAUAUGGACGGGCCGGUGCAUGUUUCGCAAUGUCCCAUCCUGCCGGGCGAGAGGCUCACCUACAACUUCACUAUCGACCAACCCGGCACCUACUGGUACCACUCCCACAUCCACGGCCAGUACCCCGAUGGUCUGCGCGGGCCGUUGGUCGUGCACGACCCGGACUCGCCCUUCCAGGACCGCUACGACGAAGAAAUUGUCAUGACCGUGUCCGACUGGUACCACGAUCAGAUGACCGGCCUGAUCGACUUCUUCAUGAGCAAAGCCAACCCGACCGGCGCCGAGCCCGUGCCGAAGUCGGCCCUGCUCAACGAGACGCAGGACCUGAAAGUGCCAUUGCAGCCCGGGAGGACCUAUCUCUUCCGCAUGGUCAACAUCGGCGCCUUCGCGGGGCAGUACGUCUGGUUUGAGGGGCAUUAUAUGACGAUUAUUGAGGUGGAUGGCGUGUAUACGCACCCUGCAGAGGCGAGCAUGAUUUAUCUCUCGGCUGCGCAGCGGUGUAGUUUCUUGAUCACUGCGAAGGAGGGGGCGUCAACCAAUUUCCCGUUUAUGGCGAGCAUGGAUACUGACCUCUUUGACGCCAUCCCCGAUGACCUCAACUGGAACGUCACUGGGUGGCUGGUGUACGACGACAAGAAACCCCUUCCUGAACCCGCCGAGGUCCCUGGUGUCUUUGAGCCGUUUGACGACAUAGGACUUGUACCCUGGGAUAACCAAACCAUCUUCACAAACCCGGACCAGUCUGUCUCGCUUGACGUCAUCAUGGACAACCUCGGCGACGGUGCCAACUACGCCUUCUUCAACAACAUCACCUACGUCGCCCCCAAAGUCCCCACCCUCUACACCGCUCUCACAGCCGGCGAGUACGCAACGGACCCGACCGUCUACGGAACCUACACGCACCCCUUUGUUCUCGCCCAGGACCAGGUCGUCGAGAUCGUCCUCAACAACCUCGACCCCGGCAAACACCCGUUCCAUCUGCACGGCCACGACUUCCAGGUCGUGUGGCGGUCCGACGAUGACGCAGGGCCCUUUGUCGACUCGGGCGUCUCGGAAUCGGAGUUUGUGCAUGUGCCCAUGAGACGGGAUACCGCGGUGUUGAGGCCGAAUGGGAAUAUGGUGCUGCGGUUUAGGAGUAAUAAUCCUGGCGUCUGGCUCUUCCACUGCCACAUCGAAUGGCACGUGCAGUCCGGUCUAAUGGCCACCUUCGUCGAGGCACCACUAGAAUUGCAAAAGUCCUUGUCCAUCCCGCGGGAUCAUUACGCGGCGUGUGAAAAGGGCGGCAUGCCCACGGUGGGUAAUGCUGCCGGCCACGGUACUGUGGAUGGCAAUCGGAAGGUGGUUGACGAUGGAGCGGGAUGGUUGGAUCUGAGUGGGCAGAAUGUCCCGCCGCCCGCGUUGCCUGAUGGAUUCACCACAAAAGGCAUCGUCGCCCUCGUCUUCAGCUGCCUCAGCGGUAUCCUCGGCGUAUCUGUCGUCGCCUGGUACGGGUUCGCCAAUGGUAUUAGUGCCGGCAGUGACAGUGAUACCCGCGGCGGUCAGCGGACAACAGGAUCUGGAAGUGAGGGUACCUCAGAAGGUGCCUUGGGAGCUGGGUUGGGGGCGGGAAAGACGAGUGGAGAGGGGACGACGGUGGAUGAAGUUGGGAGGGGUGAUGUUGAUCAGGCGGGUGGGGAGGGGAGGAGGCGAUGA